AUGAGUAAUAUAUAGAUUGAAAAUAUUGAAUAUCCCGAAAAUGAUGAGUCAUUUGUUGAGUCAGAUGAUUCAGAAUUGAACCCAUUUUAAUUUGAAUUAGAUUAGCAGAAAUCAAAAGAUGAAAGAGUUGAAAUGAUGUAUAGAGCAUUAUUAAAGAAUCGAGAUAAUAUAUUUGAAGUAAUUUCAGAUGCAAAUCAUAAUUUAAAAAAGUUAAGAAAAUUUGCAUCUGUAUUAUAGAAGGAGCACCAGAUUUUUAAUAUAUUAAAAAAAGCAUAUGAAGAGUUAAAACAUAAAACAAUUAAUCAUGAUUAAUUUGUGAUAAGUUUAGAGAAAGGAUAUGAAAAAUCAAUUUAAGAAGUAUAAUGCACAUUCUAUUCGUAUAGUUAUCAACUGAAUUGUAAUAAUUAAAUCAAUAAAUUUUUCAAUAAGCACAAGAAUUCGAAAAGUAGGCCUGUGUGUAUAAAGAGUAAUUGGUAUAAAAGUAAGAGUAAUUAACUCUAAAGGAGUAAGAAAUAAUAUUUAUUAAAAAUAAUGAACUAUAAUUAUCUGAUAAAUUGAAAAACACUCAAUAGGAAUUAAGUAAGGUUUUAAAGGAAAGUAAUGCAAUAAAAAAAAUAAAAACAUCAAAUUUUUUAAAUCUAAAUGAGAAAUCUGAUUUUCCAUUUUCUACUUUCGAAUUAGUAAUAGCAACAAAGAUUAAACCACAUUUAGUUUCAUUUUUAAGUUCAAAGGAUAUCGUGAAUUUAUGUUUAACAAAGAAAUCAAUCUAUUUUGCAUUAUGUUAAUUUAAAGUAGUAAUACCAUAAGUAAUAAAAUGUUCAACAAUUUAAUAUUAAUCAUAAAUGAAGUUGUUAACAAAACAAGUUGAUUUAUUUAAAAGAUUAUCAAAUGAUUGUCCUGAAUAGAUAGUAAAGACAUAAAUAAUUAAAUAUUUUGAUGCAAAUUUGAAUGCAAAUGAAUGGUUAGAUCCAAUUAUAACAGAAGCAAAUAAUUUCGUAAAAGGUACAUAAUUUUUGGGGAGAUUGGAACAUAUAGAAAAUGCAGAUUCAACAGAUGGUUUAAAAAUAUUUGUUUAAUCAAUGGCCUCACGUUCAUUACAAACUUCUAAUCUUUUAAAAUCAGACCCAUUCAAUUUAAGUGGUUUUACAUCUAAUUUAAUAAUAAAUGCAAAUGAUAGAGAAGCUUUUUAAAAAGAAAGAUAAAAUUAAUUAAAGAAAUUAAAAGCUAGUUAAUCUGAUGUUUAAGAAAAGAUAUUUAAUUUAGGAACUGCUGUUGCUGCUGAUGUAGGUCUAUUUGGAUUAUAUUUAGCUACUAUGUAAAGGAUAUUUUCAUCUCUUUAUGUAUUUGGUAGUUAUAUAAAUAUUGAAUGUCGAUCUUAAUCUUCUUUAAUAUAUUAUUUGGCUGAAUAACAUUGGUAAUUAAUUUAAAAAUUAACUAUUUUUGAAUAAAUGAUUUAAGAAAAACAAUAGAGAAUAUAGAAUAAUAAUAAUGAAAUUAAAGCUUUAAAGUAUAUAUAUUAUUCUAAUUAUAUUUUUAGUGAGUAGACUAAAGGUUUAUAAGAUUUAAUUAAAACACUUCAAGCAAGCAUUAAAGCUCAUAAACUUGAUACUGAAAAUGAAUAAGCUGAAAAAGCUAAAAUUAAAAUGGAAUUAUAAGAAACAAAACAAUUAUUAUUUAGUUAUGGAAAAAAUAUUAAACUUCUUGCACUUGAAAUUAGAGAAUUAAGAAAGGUUAAUAAAGAAAUUAUAAUCUAAAAUAACAAAGCUGCUGCCCAGAUUUCAGAUCUCAAAUCCUAAGUAGCAUUAAUUUAGGUUUGA